CUUCCUGUCUGUCCCGCCGUCGGUAUCCCAAACGGGCCAGAAAAGGAGAAAAGAUCGAGCAGCUCUUCGGAUUUUGGAGCGAUGAUGGUCGGGAAGACGGGCGCCAUCGCGGCGGGGGUGUGCGGGGCACUCUUCGUCGGUUAUUGCCUCUAUUUCGAUCGGAAGAGACGCAGCGACCCCAACUUCAAGAACAGGCUGCGCGAACGGCGGAGGAAGCAGAAGGUGGCCAAAGAGCGAGCCGGCACGGCCAAGCUCCCGGACCUGAAAGACUCCGAGGCCGUCCAGAAGUUUUUCCUGGAGGAGAUCCAGCUGGGGGAGGAGCUUCUGGCCCAAGGCGACUACGAGAAGGGCGUGGACCACCUGACCAACGCCAUCGCCGUCUGCGGACAGCCGCAGCAGCUCCUGCAGGUCCUCCAGCAGACGCUGCCGCCGCCCGUCUUCCAGAUGCUCCUCACCAAGCUGCCCACCAUCAGUCAGCGUAUCGUGAGCGCGCAGAGUCUGAGCGAGGAUGACAUCGAGUGAAGGCGGCUGGCCGUCCUCGUCUUCGUUCC